AUGGCUACGCAAGCUGGCUCGAGCACGGCUGACGCUGGCGCUGCAGACCUCGACCGCUUCUGGCAGCCACCGCCCGCAUCCCUUGCAAAGCUCCCGCAGUUGCGCGCCUCGCUCGCUCGCUUCCCAUCGCCCGCACUCCGCGUCUCGCGAGUCUCCCAGCUCGACGCCUCGCUCCUGGACAACGAGCUCGAAGGUAUACUCCAUGGACCAGUCAAGACAGCUCUCGAUGGCGUCAGGCCAGCGGGAGGACGGACGUGGGAGCCAGAAUUCAUGGCGCUGCUGAGACUGGCGGUGCUCAAGCUGUCGCUGUGGGAGAGCGGCGCGACCUACGGCUCCGCCCUCCAAAACCUCAGAUAUCGCAACGAGGGGCGGCACGCCAAAGGCCUACAAUCGACCGCAACCGACUCGAACUUGACGCGGAUCCAGAAACUCGCCUACACGCUCCUCGUCGUCCUCCCUCCCUACCUCCAUUCCCGCCUGCAAGACCGCAUGCUCACGUCUUCGUGGGCGGAUGAACCUCUCCCACGGAGCUGGUUCUCUCUCGUCGACCUGCGGCGGCUGAUGGCGAGGGGCCGGCGAAGAGAGGAGGAGAUGAUCCAGUGGAAGAGGGAGUGGAAGCGGACAGGUUGGGAGCUGCUGAACGUCGGGGAGCGGCUUUCGGCAGUCCUGGGAUUGGUCAACUUCCUGGUGUUUCUGUACAAUGGACGGUAUCGGACCUUGAUUGACCGCGUGCUGAAGAUGCGGCUCGUCUACGCCCAGCGAGCCUUCACUCCCAACGUCAGCUUCGAGUUCUUGAACCGCCAGCUUGUCUGGGAAGCCUUCACCGAAUUUCUCCUCUUCCUCCUGCCGCUCGUCAACCUCCACCGCCUCCGACUGCGGGUCGUCAAAGCUAUUUCGUCUCGCGCAACCAAGUCGACCACCCUCCGCUCCCUCGCAACCGCUCUCCCCGCCCCUCUCGCCAGCACGCUCGGCCUCUCCUCCCUGCGCUCCUCCUCCGCCUCCAAAACCGACUCGAAAGGCACCGCCAAACCCGCAGGUCCACUCGCCUUCCUCCCCGCCCACACCUGCCCAAUCUGCUACUCCCUCUCAACCGCUCCGCCGACACACCUUCCCUCCGCCUCGUUCGCCGACCCGACCCUUCCCUCUGCGUCUCUCCUGCACACGUCAGGACCAGCAGACGGCGGCGAUACGUCGGUCAAGAUUCCCUAUGUCGCGAACUGCGAGGGACGGUGCAGGUAUUGCUACUACUGCGUUGUUGGAGCGCUGGCGAAGGCGGAUGAGGAGGCGGAUGAUAGUUGGACGUGCUUGAGAUGUGGUGGAGACGUUACAGGAGCGGAGAGGGAAGUGCCUGUCGAAGUCGCGGCUGGAGUGGAGGGAAUGGACGACGAAGCAGAGAAGGCGGAAGAGAAGGCAGAGCUCGCGGGGUGA